ACACUGCAGUCUGCUGGACUGGAGGAUCCAGACUGUAAACUACACACACUGGGGCUGUCUGGCUGUCUGGUCACAGAGGAGGGCUGUGCUGCUCUGUCUUCAGCUCUGAGAUCAAACCCCUCCCACCUGAAAGAGCUGGACCUGAGCUACAAUCACCCAGGAGACUCUGCAGGGGGACUGCUUUCAGCUGCUCUGGUGGAUCCCACAUAUAAACUGAUGAAGCUGAAUGUGGAUCAUGGUGGAGAGUGCAGGCUGAAAUCAGGGCCGAGGAAAUAUGCCUGUCAUCUCACCCUGGACCCAAAUACAGCAAACCCACACCUGAUACUGUCUGAGGGGAACAAGAAGUUGAAACGGGUGGUGGAGGACCAGCAUUAUGAAGACCAUCCAGACAGAUUUGACUUUCAUCCCCAAGUUCUCUGCAGAGAAGGCUUAUCUGGAGGUCGCUAUUACUGGGAGGUGGAGAGGGAUGGUGACGGGGCUUUCAUUGGUGUGCUGUACAAAGGAAUGAAGAGGAAGGGAGGGGAGAGUGACAGUAGGAUUGGACACAAUAAGGAGUCCUGGUGUUUAGUCUGCUAUGAUAGGGCUUAUAACUUUUACCAUAAUGGAGUCAUCAGAUACAGUCGACCAAAUACUUGUCCUGUUUCUAAGAGAGUUGGAGUGUAUCUGGACUGGCCAGCUGGUACGUUGUCCUUCUAUAGUGUGUCCUCCUCUGGUACAGUGACACACUUCUACACAGAACACACCACAUUCACUGAACCCCUCUAUCCUGGGUUUAUAAUGUACUCCUCCUCCUCAUUGACCCUGUGUCCGAUAGAUGACCAACACAUUCAGAGAGACCAUGGUGGAGAGAGUUUUAUCAAGCCUGGACCUGAGGGCACCAGAGACCAUGGUGGAGAGAGUUGUAUCGAGCCUGGACCUGAGAACACCAGAGACCAUGGUGGAGAGAGUUGGAUCAAGCCUGGACCUGAGGACCCCAGAGACCAUGGUGGAGAGAGUUGUAUCAAGCCUGGACCUGAGGACACCAGAGACCAUGGAGGAGAGAGUUGGAUCAAGCCUGGAUCUGAGAACACCAGAGACCAUGGUGGAGAGAGUUGUAUCAAGCCUGGACCUGAGGACACCAGAGACCAUGGUGGAGAGUGUUGGAUCAAGCCUGGACCUGAGGACACCAGAGAC